CUCGCUGUCCGCUGCCCGCCGCGCCUGGGCGAGGAGCGGCUUCCGGCUCAGGGUGCUGGCUCGGGAGCCGAUGUGAUGGAGUGAGGCAGCUGUUCCCCAGGCGAGGGCAGGGGUGACUGAGGGGCAGCUAUGACGCGAAGCUGCUCGGCACUGGGCUGUACCGCCCGCGACAACGGGCGUAGCCGGGAGCGCGGCAUCUCCUUCCACCAGUUCCCGGUGGACGCCGCGCAGCGGCGCGAGUGGAUCCGCGCCGUGAACCGCGUGGACCCGCGGAGCCACCAGCCCUGGCGGCCCGGCCCCGGGGCCAUCCUCUGCUCGCGGCACUUCGCCAAGGCCGACUUUGAGCGCUACGGGCUGCGGCGGAAGCUACGGCGGGGGGCCGUGCCGUCCCGCUUUCCCCACCCGCUGCGUGCGGGAGACGGCCGCAUGACCCUGACCCCCGCCCGAGCUGUGGAGCAGCCUUUGUCUUGCACCCCCGCCGGAGACCACAACUACAGCCUGAAGGGACAGCAGGCAGCCAGCGGGGAGGCACGGCCACCGCUGGAGACCCCUGCAGCCACGAGGGGCUCCCGCAUGCACCGGCCAAGAAUGGUGGCAAACGUCCUGCGGGAGCUGGUGGAAAAGCAGCAGCUUUCUGAGGAAACCGUGAAGUUUGCUGCAGGCCCAGUUCGCAGGUACUGCGGGAAGCGUUUGUCAAGGCAGUGUGCUUCAGAUUUGCCUUGUGAGUUGCACAGCUGGAGGCAGAUGGCAGAAUACUCACCAGAAAUGAGGCAAUUUGCUUGUGUGCUCCACCUCUACCAUAUUAAGGCCUAUGAUUACCUAUGGAAGGUUGUUCCCCUCCCUCAUCCUUACAGCCUGACAAUUUGGCUGUCUAACAAUGGAGCUGCUGCAGGCUUCAGCAAUGCCAUUUUUCUCCGCCUUCAGGAAAAGGUGGAGAGAGGGGAACAGGCCUACUGCUACUGUGCCCUGAUGGUACAAGACAUGUCCCUGCAGAAGCAGCAGGAGUGGGACCUGCAGACCCAGUGCCUGACAGGCUUUGUUAACUUGGGAGCAGGUGUCCUUGAUGCUGGUGAAGCUCCAGUGGCCUCAGAAGCGAUAAUCAUAAUGGCAGCUGGCAUCUCGAGUCCUUGGACAGCUCCACUUGGCUACUUCUUUGUGAACAGCACAACUGGACACUUGCUUGCUCAGCUGCUUCAUCAGGCCAUCAAUAAACUGAACAAUGUUGGCAUUGUGGUGCUGGCUGUGACAUCAGGUGCCACCGCUCGUGGUGCUGAGACCGCCAGAGCUCUGGGGAUCAGGAUAGAUCCCAGAAGGAUUCAGUGCACUUUUCAGCAUCUGCCUGGCUCUGCUCACAGCAUCAUGUAGUUCUUCGAUGUUUGCCAUGCAGCUCAGCUGAUAAGGAAUGCUCUGUAGUGCUUCCAGAAGAUAGAAUGGCUGAGAGACACUGUGUGGUGGCAGCACAUUGUGGACCUGGCAGUUUUGCGUGAGCUGAGGGUGCUAGAGCCAUGCACUCACCAGUCAGGCAGACCUGUGAGUGAAAAGAUUUACCACCUAAAGGUCAACUUUGCUACCCUGUUGUUCAGUGAGGGUGUUGCUGAUGCACUAGAACACCUCCAGAAGCUGGGCCUAGCCUCAUUCCAGAACUGCAGUGGUACUGUCAAGUUUGUGCGUUUGAUGAAGUCUAUGCAAUGUAUUUCAUGGUAAAAGUCCCAAAAGAAGAGGACUGGCGAAGCCUUUGUUAGCUGGAAAUGACACAAAAAUAAGCCACCUCUUUAAUGAGGCCAAAAGCUGCUUCAUCACCUUAACAGAACAGACUCUACAGGGAGAUAUAUCCUUAAGAGCAAACGGAAACUGGGAUUUCUGAGGUUCUUGCUCAAUGCCAAAAGCUUCAAGUGGCUUUACACCAACCAUGUGUGUCCAGAAGGCACUCCUUUCCCCCACCUCCUGACUUCUGCCCUCAGCCUCAGCCCACUGGAGCUGUUUCUCAAGGCCCUGCAGCAAGCUUGUGGUAGCAGUGGGAGCCUCACCUGCACUGUGUUCCAGGCUGCUUGUCACAAAUUGCUGGUGGGCUGCAGCCUGGUGCCAGGCUCACCACACAGCAGUGGCUCAGGCAAUACAAGCUCCUUGGUUAUAUCUCUGUCUCUUAGGAGAGAUCUUAACCUUGGCAGCAUUCGUGCUCAGUAUAACCCAGCUUGUGGGAGGACACUGGCAACAGAGUACCUGUAUUGUGCAGGCUUCCUUCUGCAUGGCUCUGCACUGAGCAGUGCACUGACAGACCUAUCCCUGCAUGCACAGAGCAUCACUUUCACUGCAGGCUUUGUUGCUGAGCAGUUAGCCUUUGACUUGCAAGUCUUGUCUUGCUUCCCUCUUUGAGUCAGAUGAGAGCAGGAUAAGAUGCAGGUCAGUGCUCUACAUUAAAAAGUUGGGUGGGGUGUGUCUGCCCUCAGCAAGUGUGUACCACAUAAUAAGCAUUUCAGAACAAGUCCUAAACUGGUAUGGCAAAGUAAGAACCAGCAACAAAAACACCAAGCUAUGGUGUUUGUCUUUAGAACAGGAAGUCUUCCAGGAGCUUCUGGGAGAAAGUUCUCUCUUCCCCACCCUCACAAAUCAUUUAUUUGAUGGGGAGUUGUGUGUCAACAAUCACUAUAUAAUCUUAAUAAAGGAAGUAACACAAUGUUACUUAAACAUCAGAACAAACCAUGCCAAACACCUGAACCAUUGUGGAAGGCACAGUGAAGAGCCUGAAGGGAAAACAUUUAAAUGAUUCUGUUGCUACUAGGUAGCCAUCAUGCAAGCCAAACCCACAAAUGGCCAUGAGUAUCAAUUGCUGUUUCAGGGAUUGCUGUCCCAUACUGACAUUCAGUGAUGGCCAGAUCUGGGGACAUGUGACAUCAUGAAAUGAUGCCAUGUCUUUCCAUGUUUUAGCUGACAAAAAUGGUGAUGUGCUGGACCACUGCAAGCCAUCUGAUCACAGUUUGGAGGAACAAAGCAAUCAAGUUCAUCGGAUCCUGUGUGCCAUCUAGCAAUCCUGCAAAGCGGUCAUCUAUGUCCUGAGACUUGCAUGGCAGGACAGGAUAAGCAGUGACUGGCAGGGGAGACUGCAUAGUGUCUCCUGGAGGUGCUAAGUGGCUUAGUGCUGUGAGUGCUUGCCAGGAAAAUACUGAUAGAUCUUCCAGAGGGCUAGAGGGACUGUGUGCUGGCGAUUUCACCAAAGCAGCUGUGCUUUAAAAAAGCUGUAGGCAAGGAUGCUUGCAAAGCUUUUGCGUGAGAAUAAAGGCAUGAAAAUGGCACUCGGGUCAUACACA